UGCCUAUGUACCUUUAUCUAAAGGAGUUAAGAAAAAAACUUCUCUUAUUUCUAUGACAAGCAUAUGGUUACAACUAGGACAAAGAUGUCUAGAUUGAUCUCAUUGUGACAGGGAGAUAUGUGAUAUUUUCCUAGAUGUUUACAUUUGAAAGGAAUGAAACCCCCUCCCCCAAUACACAUACCCUUGAAAAAACAAGUCAGUGUUAUAAAGCCCCCUUGUUCAUCUUCUGAUAGGGAUUUUUUUCAGAUGGUUGGGGUGGAAGGCAAGCGAUUGAGGCCACUGGCAAUAGGGUAUUUAAAGUAAUAGAAGAUCACGAGGCUUGAAAGGACUGGGGAAAGAACUGAAGAGACUGAGAGCAAGAAAGAAGGUUAUUAGAUUAAAGUACAAUGAGAAUAUGUGAAUGAUAGUUGGAAGAAUAAUAUAGGAGGUUGUGGUCAAAAAGUAGGAGUUGUUGGGGAGAGAAGUUAACAAAUAUCAAGAACCAGGUGGCCCGGGUUCAAUCCUCAGCACAACAUACAAACAAAGAUGUUGUGCCCGCCGAUAACUAAAAAAUAAAUAUUAAAAUUCUAAAAAAAAAAAGAACCAGCUGGCUGAAAGAAUGGAGCUGUAGAUAUUGAAAUUCAUGUAUCUGGGGCAAUCUCAUAGAUCAUCUAUGUAAAUUUUAAAAUUGUCCAAGAUGAUAACAGAGCCAGAAGAUUGAUCUGUGUGCCAAAGACUUCAACACAUGAGAGGUGGAGACAAAUGAAUAAUGAGGAGAGGGGCAAGUCGGUUCUAGAAUGAGGAAAGAGCCUCAGAGAAGCAUGGUUUGUAUCCUUUUAUGGACAAUCAAGGCUGGAAAUAACAGCAGAUUUUUCAUAAUUGAAAAUAGCAAAGUAAACCAAGAUGUCAGUGGAUCCAAUGACCUAUGAGGCCCAGUUCUUUGGCUUCACACCAGAGACUUGCAUGCUUAGGAUCUACAUUGCAUUUCAAGAUUACCUAUUUGAAGUGAUGCAGGCUGUUGAACAGGUUAUUAUGAAGAAGAUGGAGGGAAUCCCAGACUGUGAUAUUAGCCCAGUCCAGAUUCGUAAAUGCACAGAGAAGUUUCUUUGCUUCAUGAAAGGACAUUUUGAUAAACUUUUUGGCAAAAUGGAGCAGCUGCUUUUGCAGAUGAUUUUGCGUAUUCCCCCAAAUAUCUUGCUUCCUGAAGACAAAUGUCAGGAGACGCAUCCUUAUAGUGAAGAAGAAUUCCAGCUUCUCCAAAAAGAAAUUGAAGAAUUACAGGAAAAGUAUAAGACUGAAUUAUGUACUAAGCAGGCCCUUCUUGCAGAAUUAGAAGAGCAAAAAAUUGUUCAAGCCAAACUCAAACAGACUUUGACUUUGUUUGAUGAGCUUGAAAAUGUUUGCAGAGAUCAUGGGACUAGUGAUUUUAGGAAGAGUUUGGUGUCCCUGGUCCAGAACUGUAGGAAACUCCAGAACAUUAGAGACAAUGUGGAAAAGGAAAGCAAAAGACUGAAAAUAUCUUAAUUUCUCAGUAGCAAAAACAAAGAACCUGUAAAAAAGUAGUUUUCCUUUGUUCACUCUUUCUUAUGUUCCCCAUCUUUUUUGGUCCACUCUUCUCAAGUAGCUGUACUGCCUUGAACUAGUCUUUGAAGCAUCUGUUCAUUAGAGUUUUCUAAUAAGUGGAAAGAGAUUCUUGAUUCAAUAAUGGCUCAUUUGGGGGCAUGGUUGAAGAAGUAAAACUACAGCUGAAAAUAUAUAAUUGUACCUUGGUUAUAAGUCUUUGUGAUCCUGGUCCUUUUGGAUUAUUCUUUGGAUAAUACCAGGUGAGAAAAGGGUUAAAUGGGUGGCUUCUUUAUUAACCAGCCAUUAUACUAUGAAAUAGCCUGCAUAGGGUGCUGCUCUUGCCCAGUAACUUUGCUUUACAUGAAGAUGUUAUAACUGGUUGAAGAAGCAAGCAGAAAAAAAAAAAAAGACAUCUUUGAUCUUUGGUAAACAAGAAAGUUGUUUUUAUUUCUAUAAUAAAUCUCUCCUUUUAAAAAAUAUUUUUA